AUGGCCGAGCUGGAGCACCAGCAAGCUCGCCGAUUUUCGGCUGAUAACCAAAUCAUUUCGAAGGCCGAAAUUCCAUUGAAGGAACGAUUCUUCCGCUACUUCCAGCAUGAAAUCACCGCUCUGCAGCAGCAGAUGGAUCGGCUUGCCGAUACAUCGCUCGUGGGUGGUGAGCGAGCUGAUGCUACUGAUCACUGCCUUGCCGGAAUUGUGCGGCUAUCCAAUGAAGUCAAAGAUGCAGCCAGCUACAUCCCGACCUAUGAUCAGAGAGUCUAUGCUGAGGCGAUCAAGGCCUUACAGGAGAAAUUGAACGAAACCAGAGCGGCAUUCGAGCCCCGAGCCAAGUUCAGUUUCAAGACCAAGAAGAACGCUUCAGCAAUCUCUCUAUCUGACGCUGCGGCACUCGCUGCGGAAGGCCGUCGCAGUAUCCCUGGCUACCGCUCGCCUGGUGCUUCAUCAGUCAGUUCUUCGGCCAACAAUACUCCGAACUAUCCAUCAACCCCGUUGAAUGAGCCGGAUAAGCAGCAUCAAGAGCGGCCGGAGAUUGCACCAACUUCUUUCCCCACCACUUCUGAUAGAGACAUGGAGUCGAAGGCCCCAGCUCAGGGAAAGGCAUCUCACGCUUUCGCGGCCCAGGGAAUUUCCAACGUUUCCGUCGACGAUCACUAUGGUCUUCACAUUAUGCUGCCCGCCUCCGGCUCUACUUCCACAGUCCCUGCCUCAAUCACCUCUCUACGACACUGUGUUGUGGACAUGUCCAUUCCGACCGCGGAUGGCAAGCCCUAUGCUAGCUUGACGGUGAAGAAUAUCGAGGAAAGCUUGUUGAUCUGUGGACAAGUCAAUGGACCAGCACAUAUUACUGGACUGGAUCACAGUGUUAUUGUCGUCUCGUGCCGACAAUUCCGUAUGCACAGCUGCAAAGAUGUCGACGUCUACCUGAGCUGCUCGAGUAAUCCCAUCAUUGAGGAUUGCUCCAAUAUCCGGUUCACCCGGAUACCUAAGGCUUAUGCCUUGGACCAUGAUCGCCUUGACCACGAAGAUCGAUGGAGUCAGGUGGAGGAUUUCAAAUGGAUCAAACCAGAACCUAGCCCAAAUUGGAGUCUCUUGGAUGCAAGCGACGCGGUUCCCGAGGAAGUCUGGGCGGAAAUUGUUCCCGGCGGGCCGGGCUGGUCUCUCGAUGAUAUUUUGCAUGCCAUCAAGCUGGUGAAAGGAUGA